GCCGACGCAUCUUGGUGGAGCCACGAUGUUGGGCAUCAUCAACCAGCUGGCUUGUCAGAUAUCUACCUAUGUCCUUACCCACUCCCCCCCAGAGUAGAAACGAGAGAGGGUCGUGUGUGGUCCCAAGGAUACCUACUGUAAACGCUUCAUGACUGGGACCAAGCUUUCCCUUGCUUCAGUCUAGUCAUAUCUGUGAAAAACUUUGAAGAAAUUAUACCAAAUUCGACUCAAUUCUACCUCUGCUUCCCUCUCUUUCUUUCUCAAUACAUUCUAUCUCGUCGGACAUGGGACGCCGUGAUAGAUCAUCGCUUCGAAGUGAUUCAGGUAUUGGGGAUGACUUGCCCGAGCUGGGACCACGCUGCCCAACAGACCACCCUCUAACGCUCAAGGGAUAUGAAAUCGGGCCCGCGUCGAAACUCCACAUCGGCGAUGUUUUCGAAUUCCUCUGGGCCGAUGCGACCGAAUUCCAGUGGGAGUGGAAAUGCCUAGGUUACACUCGUUUUAUUGUCCUGCGCCAUAGUGAGAGCUUUCCCCAUCAUUGCGUCUGCAUACCUAUUUCCACCGGUGGCCCUAGCAAGCAUGAGUUCGCAAAGCCAGGCAUCGACAGCUUUCAACAGGGAUAUGUCUUCCAGAAUGGUGAUCCGAAUCCUGGUUAUGAACAGCCUAGAGGUGGACCAAAGCUCCAGUACUCGCCAGUUGGGAUUGAGUUGCGCCCAGGCAGACUACGUGUGAAGGAAGAUUCUAGGGCCAACUACGCCGAUAUCAUCCAGGUCGAGCACGAUGCGCACGUACUAGUUGUCGGCGAUGUAGUGAAAUACUUCGACCGUGUACGCCGGAACGUCAACAAGGCAUUUAUGCGACAGAUCCUCCGGACAGCGCUGGAAAAGUAUCAAGCCGAAAAGGCCGCCGGUACGAACAGGCCGCCGAGUAUCAUGGAGUCCAUCGAUGGCGAUCAAGGCGGCGCCGCGUGCAGACAAAUCUUGAUGGAAAAUGACAGGGCGGACACAUACACUUUGAACGAGGUUCCGACAGAUGACGAAAGGGAUGAACAAAUCGCACCCAUUCCUGUACCAGAGGUUGUCGUGAAGGCACCCCCGGCCAUACCAGAUAAACCAGAGAAAAUCAGGAGAUCAUCAACUGAAAAGACUCCGUUGGUGCCAUCAGACGAUUUAAAACAGGCACCCGAACAACAGCCGCCCAAGCCCAUGGGGCUUGAGCUUCCGCAGGAACAUGACUACGACCUUAGAUCGAUGCACAAGGUCGCGAUGGCCGGGAAACAAUGACUCCUAACCUUUCUAGCUAAGGAUCCACAUAGAAUUAGGACUAUGCUGCAUGAAAUUGGGCGUACGGCGAAGCGGCAGCAUCUCGGGACACAUUGCGUAUUGGAAGAUUACCUACGCAGGAGGCCACAUCUACUACUCAGAGCGUUAUUAGAUCGGGGAGCCAAGUAACGAACGACAUGACUUUAUUCAUUUGAAAUUGACGAGUUUACGAAAUUUUUUCUUUUAUUUUGGUUCGGUCAGCUCCUUGUUUAGCAAUGGUUUAAUUAAGACACUCUCCGCCUAGCAAAUGUAUUGCUACGAUUCUAUUCGAGUUUAAGCCCUCUUUCCCUCCCUUCGAAAUGUGUGACUGUCUCUUAGGCACAACGGCGAGCACCAAAGAUCAUCCAGAAACACAAAUGGUAUAUCUUGAACGGUCCGCCUUGUUCCUACAGAACAUAGUGCUCCCGGA